CACAUCGUUAUUGCGCAGGCGCGGAUUGGAGCGCUCACGGCCCAGCCGAGGAAGGGGUCACGAACUCUGACCCCCACCAAAUACACAAACCUGAAAGCUCCUUACCCCCACUUCGCCCCGGUUCCCCCCCCUCCCCUCAGCUUUCUCCAACCCUCCUCCCGGGACAUCUCCCCACCCAGCAGCCGCCGCAGCGGGACUGUCGGGUCUGCGCCCGACUGAGGAGUUAGUGCAGCAGAGACGCAGGUCAUUUUGACAGUUAGAUCAUGGCAACCAUAGAAGAAAUUGCACAUCAAAUUAUCGAACAACAGAUGGGAGAGAUUGUUACAGAGCAGCAAACGGGGCAGAAGAUCCAGAUUGUGACAGCACUUGAUCAUAAUACACAAGGCAAGCAGUUCAUUCUGACAAAUCACGAUGGUUCUACUCCAAGUAAGGUCAUUCUGGCCAGGCAGGAUUCCACUCCAGGAAAAGUUUUCCUCACAACUCCAGAUGCAGCUGGUGUUAACCAGUUAUUUUUUACAACUCCUGAUCUGUCUGCACCACAUCUCCAGCUCUUAACAGAUAAUUCUUCCUCAGACCAGGGACCAAAUAAGGUUUUUGAUCUUUGUGUAGUGUGUGGAGACAAAGCUUCAGGGCGUCAUUACGGAGCAGUAACUUGUGAAGGCUGCAAAGGAUUCUUUAAAAGAAGCAUCCGAAAAAAUUUAGUGUAUUCAUGUCGAGGAUCAAAGGACUGUAUUAUCAAUAAACACCAUCGAAACCGAUGUCAAUACUGCAGGUUACAGAGAUGUAUUGCAUUUGGAAUGAAGCAAGACUCUGUUCAAUGUGAAAGAAAACCCAUUGAAGUAUCCCGAGAAAAAUCAUCUAAUUGUGCUGCUUCAACGGAGAAAAUCUAUAUCCGAAAAGACCUUCGAAGCCCAUUAGCUGCAACUCCAACUUUUGUAACAGAUAGUGAAACUGCAAGGUCAACAGGAUUGUUGGAUUCAGGAAUGUUUGUGAAUAUUCAUCAGUCUGGAAUAAAAACUGAAUCAGCUGUGCUGAUGACACCAGAUAAGGCUGAAUCAUGUCAAGGAGAUUUAAGUACAUUGGCCAGUGUGGUUACCUCAUUAGCAAAUCUUGGGAAAACUAAAGAUCUUUCUCAAAAUAGCAAUGAAAUGUCCAUGAUGGAAAGUUUAGGCAAUGGUGAUUCAUCUUUGUGUGAAUUUCAAGAAACACAGACCAAUGGUGAUGUUUCAAGGGCAUUUGACACUCUUGCAAAAGCAUUGAAUCCUGGAGAGAGCACAGUAGAGGGAAUGGAAGGAAGCGUACACCUAAUUGCUGGAGAUUCAAGCAUAAAUUACAUCGAAAAAGAGGGACCACUUCUCAGUGAUUCACAUGUAGCUUUCAGGCUCACCAUGCCUUCUCCUAUGCCUGAGUACCUGAAUGUGCACUACAUUGGGGAGUCUGCCUCCAGACUGCUGUUCUUAUCAAUGCACUGGGCACUUUCGAUUCCUUCUUUCCAGGCACUAGGGCAAGAAAACAGCAUAUCAUUGGUAAAAGCUUAUUGGAAUGAACUUUUUACUCUUGGCCUUGCCCAGUGCUGGCAGGUGAUGAAUGUAGCAACUAUAUUGGCAACAUUUGUCAAUUGUCUUCACAGUAGCCUUCAACAAGAUAAAAUGUCACCAGAAAGGAGAAAAUUGUUGAUGGAGCACAUCUUCAAACUACAGGAGUUUUGUAACAGCAUGGUUAAACUCUGCAUUGAUGGAUAUGAAUAUGCCUAUCUGAAGGCAAUAGUACUCUUCAGUCCAGAUCAUCCAGGCCUAGAAAAUAUGGAACAGAUUGAGAAAUUUCAGGAAAAGGCUUAUGUGGAAUUUCAAGAUUAUAUAACCAGAACAUAUCCAGAUGACACUUACAGGUUAUCCAGACUUCUCCUCAGACUGCCAGCUUUGAGAUUGAUGAAUGCUACCAUCACUGAAGAAUUAUUUUUCAAAGGUCUCAUUGGGAAUGUACGGAUUGACAGUGUCAUCCCACAUAUUUUAAAAAUGGAACCUGCAGAUUACAACUCUCAAAUAAUUGGUCACAGCAUUUGAAAGCUGAGAUCAUAGUGCUAUAAACUCAUUGUUCUUUUUCCGGAACACAGGAAAACACCCAAUUGAAUUCAUUGCUUCCAGAGUAUGUGGAAAUUUUGACUUUAAAGAGUAACCAAAAUCCAAGGUAUUUUUGUUUUAGUUUCUUUCAAAGAAGACUUUUUAAAGUGACUGGGUAGGCAGCAGGAAUUAAAUAUCCCUUUUUGUCUUACAUAAAUGAAUAAGAAAUACUAUGGAUUUAUUCUUGGUAAAGAUGACAUCUGAAGCUGUCACCUCCAGACCAUAUAAACUAAGAUUUCAAUUCUAUUUUAUUUUAUAAAGCAAAUAAAUUAGUCUCUUUUUUCCCCCCCAAAUUGUGUUCUAUUCAUAUUUAGCUUCAUUUUGAACUAGUAUAAACAUUUAGUGGUCAAAUAUCCUUACGGAGGAAUUCCGUGCAUUUUAUUCUUCAUUGUAAUCUGUUUAAUUACCAUAUCAAAAGAUUAUUUUAUGCUCGAUGGUAUAAUGAUAAAAUUAGAACUGUAGGAAAUUAUUGAAUAUGUAUUUUUUUGCCUGUGUAAAUAUCAUGAUAUCCUUAAGCAUAUACCACUCAUUGCUGGCAGUGAGAUACAGGCCAUUUGUGAUUUUUAGUGUUAUACAUUAUUAGUUACAAGCACUUUUUAUUUACAUGGCAGCAAAUGGUUCUGAGAAUUGCUUUUGAGAAUAAGGUGGUAUUCGUGUUUUAAUAUUUUUGGUUUACUGCUGUGUUUUAAACAUAGUAGAGAAUAACUGAACCCAAAAUAUUUCAGUAUUUCAGAAUAGGUAUUAAAAUUGUUGUUCUAUUUCAUAAAAGAACUUCUGCCCUCAUCCUCUUUUCUGAUCUACAUUGUAGCUUCUUGACCCUGCUCUGGGUUUUAGCCAAUUUCUUUUAGGUUAUUAGAAAAAUUCCCUCAAUUUGUUAAAUAAUGGAUUUAUCAUAGCCAAUUCAUGUUUCCAAGGUGAGUUAAAUAAAAAAACAACUGAUAAUUUUUAAAGAUAAAGGAAUAUGCACUGAUUUUUCACUGUAAAGUGGAGGAGGACUGCUUUAGCAGUAGGUGAGGCUCAGCCUGAAGCUGUGGUAUUGCCACAACAGCAUCUUAAACUCCUGGGAUGCCUUCCACAGUACUGUUACAAGCACAGCUGGUACUGUUAAAUACUCUACUCUGCUUUCAUGAUGAAUUAUUUUGAUAAAUUUGUUUAUUGGUUUUUCAAACAAAUAUGGAGAUUUUAUUGCACUCAGUACAUUUUUUAGUAAGGAAUUUUACAAUAGAGGAAAAGUUGGGGGGUGCAGAUUUUACUAAUUACUAUUUUAAUAGUAGCCAAAAAUUUAAAAGUAUCAGCUUACACUUUUUACCAACAAAUUAAGGGAAAUGUUUUUUCCCUAUCUAAAUCAUAAUUUUUGUCAAUACCUUUAUUUAUAAUUAUAUGCUGGGAAAAGCUCCAUUUAAUAUAAAAUGCCCAACUGGAAAAGUCAGUAGGUUUUUACCUUUUUAAAGCCAAGGUAGUAAACCAAGGAUUCAGAAAAAUAAAGCUUUAAAAUAAUGUACUAAUGGUUAAUUACAUUGUUUCUUCCAGGUAUUUUUCCUGAUUAAAUUUGUAGAUAUAUUUGGAAGUGUUUUUAAAACUAUAUUAAAAUGUGACUUGCAU